AUGGAUGAACAAAGGAUAUUUCUCGAUAUUUCUAUCGAUGGAGAACCUAUUGGCCGAAUUGUCAUUCAACUGCACACAAGUUUAGCUCCAAAAACAUGUGAAAAUUUCCGUGCGUUAUGUACUGGUGAAAACGGCAAAACACCUGAUGGGAUGCAUAAGCUAUCCUAUAAAGGUUCAUCAUUUCACAGAAUUAUCAAAAAUUUCAUGAUUCAGGGUGGCGAUAUUACACACGGCGAUGGUCGAGGUGGGUACUCAAUUUAUGGCCGAUAUUUUGAUGAUGAAGAAUUCCUUGAAUCUCAUUCUAAACCUUAUAUGGUUUCUAUGGCAAACAAAGGAGCUAAUACGAAUUCUUCGCAGUUUUUUAUCACGACCACCGAGGCCAAACACUGUGACAAUAAACAUGUUGUUUUCGGAAGGGUUAGUAGCUCAAUCAAAUUGGAAUUUUGUUCCAAUCCGCAAUUCAAAAAUACUCGGGCCCAUUCUAAAAAUUCAUCUUAA